AAAGUAAAAAAAAAAAAAAAGGAAAUUUUACAAAAUUGCAAAAUACGAAAUCUUCAAACUCGAAGUUCCGAUUCCGAGAAUACUGUUUUUACCUUUUGACUGCUGGAUUAUUACAUUUUUACCGUCACCUAAAAAAAAAAAAUAUAUGUAUUGAGAUGAUACAUUUCUAAUACAUACAUACUUGAAAAUACUUUUAAAUCAAUAACUAUGGCUAACGACAGAGAAGUUUUACGUGAAAUAUGGGAUGGCAAAUUACCAAUAUGUUUUCAACUAGCUCAGGAGGAAAUAAUGGAAAUUCAGCAACCUGACCCCUUUUACGUAAUGGUGCCCCGAUUGAGUUAUUUUCCUCUGGUGACUGAUAAGAUGAAACGACAUUUUUUGAGAUAUAUUUCUCAAGAGAAUGCAGACAAUGAAAUGUGGCUUGACUAUAAUGGACAACCUCUAAAAUGGCACUACCCAAUUGGCUUCUUGUAUGAUUUAUUCUGUGGAAAUGAUCCUCAACUGCCUUGGACAUUAACAGUACAUUUUACAAAAUUCCCGGAAACAAUUUUAUUACGUUGCCCCAAUAAAGAUGUUGUUGAAGCACACUAUAUGUCAACAGUAAAGGAAGCUGAUGUACUUAAGCACAGAGGACAAGUAAUGUCUACAAUGCAGAAAAAAGACCAUAAUCAACUAUGGCUAGGAUUGCAAAAUGAUAAAUUUGAUCAAUUUUGGGCCAUAAACAGAAGAUUAAUGGAAUCUCAUGGAGAUAAUGAAGGUUUUAAGCACAUACCAAUGAGAAUAUAUUCAGAUGAUGGCAUUACUUGCCAGAGGUUGAUUUGCCCUAAAAACAAUGAUGGGAGUAGAAAAACUGUGCAUCAACUUUUAUCAGAGUUAUAUCCAGAUAAAGCUGAGGUUAAUCUAAGGACACAUGGAGUAUUAAUACCAUUGGACACUCCUCUUCAGUGGCUUUCAGAACAUAUGAGCUAUCCUGACAAUUUCUUACACAUUUGUCUGUGCUAACUGGCCAACUUUAUUAUUUUUAAGCUUGGACUGCACAGUGCCUGCUAAUAGGUACUGUAUAAGUAGCGGCACGAAAGUCUAGCGGUGACCGUUAUGGCGCAUAACGAAAAUCAUGGGGGAGUAAGAGGGUGGUAGUGCGUAUUGUUCGCUUAUUGGCCCUCCAGUCGUAUUCAGUCUCCCGUACCGAUACGACACCCAGCGCACUUCCAGUGUGCAGUCGCGUUCUGAAUUGUAUUGUUAUUACUGUUAAUUUUUUUUGUUGUUUUCAUGAAUGUUUUUAUUUUUCUAUACCCCAUAAACUUGUUAAAAAUUAUAGCCUAGAUAACAAGAAAUAUUUGGAACUUGAAACUUUUAACUAUAAUAAUUACAAACAAUACUCACACUCUGCAUUUACACUACACACAAACACACACAUUACAAUUAAAUAAUAUCAUUUUCAUUGGAUAAUAAUCAUAACUUUAUUAAUUAAUGGCUAAAUUUAUAAUAAUAUAAGUAAUGAUUGUAUUGCCUGCGCGACAGUACCCAUGCGCAGCUUUCCCUUCCACGUUUCGUUCAGCGCUAGACUUGCCGCGACUUGUACUUCAGUUAUUGCGAUUCAAGUAAAAUAAUUUCCAAAAAUAUAUUUUUCAUAACAAAUUUCGUUUUACGCCAAAUACUAAUUUAUGUUGAUUAUAAAAUCAUAUUCUCAUUAUAAUUUAAGUGUAACCAAAAUAAAAGCUUUACAUUCCUG